AUGCUCAGUUCGAUUGGUCGAUAUGUCUACGACCGUAGAAGAGGGCUUCUCAAGUCUGCCGGCGUCGUUACUUCACUGUAUCUUGCCGGCAAAUACGUAGUCCAGCGUCUCGAAGAAGUCAAAGAAGCUGUCCUCACCGAACGAACAGCCAAGGAAGGGUUGCGACGACGAUUUCAGCAAAAUAUGCAAGAUUGCACGUACACCAUUAUGGCAUAUAUGCCCACACUUGCUGGACGGAUCCUAGAAGAGCUUGACGUCGAACGAAUCUCGCUCGAGCUCCAGAAGCGCUCAAAAAAGCAAGUUCAACACGACACGGCAACAUCACAAAUCUCAAAUGAGGAGACGGAUGCAACGCGCAACAGCGUUACCCUCCCUUCCGCGUCAGUCAUCUCUGUCGAGGCGGGCUCGCCGCUUAGCGGCUACUCCCACCUCUCAGAGAAGGACACAGAAUCGCAUCUCACAAAAGAUAUUGGGGCUGAUGUGGCACAAUCUGAUGAUGGCGUGCGGUCAGAAACGCAGAAUACGUCGUCCUUCCUGUCUGCAAUGGAGUCGACAGACCCACUCUCUGCAUCGUUACCGAUGUCCUCUUCAGAUGCAUCCUCUUUUCAACAGCGGCUCUCCGAUCCACUGGUUGAAUCUGCGACCAGUUGGGUCAACUUUUCGUCCCCACACCCAUUGUCUGCGGCGACAGGAGGUGAUCAAGCGGACGACGAACGGCCCACGGCAGACAUUAUCCCUGUGAUUCCAGACCUGGAGCUUCCUGCUUUGGACCUUUCUGGUGUUUCCAUCGUGGACACGCAGUCUCGGCCCUCGGAGGUAUUGAUCUCGAACGGCGGUAGUGUCUUAUCGCAUACAGAGGAUAUGCAAGACCAAGGUUCGUUGCAACAAAAGUCAAAAGCGGAGCUCUGGCACGAACUCAAGAUUAUGACAUUUACGCGAGUAUUGGUCAUAAUUUAUAGCACCACCUUACUUGCACUCCAAAUUCAUGUUCAGCUAAACCUCAUUGGCCGGUACAAGUACGUCCAAUCCGUCAAGGAGACGGAGCGUGAGGAACGACGCCGGGAACAUCAACGAGAAACGGAAGAGGCGGCUUUUGCAUCUUUGGGACUUGUCGGGUCGUUAAUGGCCUCAGUCGGACCGAGCCUUGCAGCGUCACUUGGUAUGAGCAGCGGGUUGCCCACAAUACAGAGAGAAGAGGCAGAAGGAGAAGAGGAUGUGCGCUGGAGUGGCGAAGACGUGGACGAAGACGUUGAGCGCAAGUAUCUCACGUUGUCCUGGUGGCUCUUGCACAUCGGAUGGCGUGACGUCGCAGCGCGUGUGCGGCCAGCUGUCGAAGAGGUCCUCCAAGGGGUGUCUCUCAAGAGUAAACUCAGCAUGAAGGAUAUCCAAGAUCUCUUUGACCAAAUCCGUGGGCAAGUCGAGUUUACGGAUGAGACAAAACAGAGACGGACAGACAUCGUAUCUGCCAUCUUCCCGCUAUCACCCUCUGCCGAACAAAAUGUGCUCAUCCAAGGCGGUAUCUCCCCUCACCUUGCCACCAUCGACCCACCUCUACGUAAUCUGCUCAACGAAACCAAGGCUUUUGUGGCGAGUCCAGAUUUUGAACUCGUGUGGUCGCUUGCGCUGGACAGAGUAUGUAAUACUGCGCUGUCGGGUAUAGAGCAAGAAGUUUUUGGCGAAUCUCCGAUCGAUGCUGUGACAGAAGGCGACGCAAGUGCGACGAUUGUCGAGGUGGAGGAAAAGACGGAGCGACUUGCGGGCAUUCUACCGGGGCUGGCGCGAUGGUGCCACCCUGCGCUAUACAGCAUGCCGAAUGAACUUGUUGAGGCAUGUAUUCCCCUUGUGUAUCUCCCCUGA